AUGUCGGACGCCCGGGUCCCCGGCCUUGCGCCCACCAUGCUGCUUGGCCUCCUGGCCGGCCUCCAACAGGCGAGCGCCUUCGAGGGGAGGACGGUCUUCCCACCUUUCAUCCCUGGCAUCUACAACCUCACCUUUCUCCUGAUCAGCACCUGCCCGGAGGGAUUGCAGUGCUGUGGGAAGAAUUGCUGCCCGGAGACUGAGUUCUUCUCUGGCGCCCUGAGGAUCCUCGUCAUCAUCUUCCUGGUGCUCCUGCCCAUCUUGUGCAUCUGUGGCCUGGCCAAGCGUUUUUGUCGCAACUGCAGAGAUCCAGAGCGGGACCCCACCAUGGAGCACCAGGGGCCCCCGGAAGUGCCCUCCACGGUCCCUGUGGAAAGAGUCUGGGUGUCUACCUAUGAUCCCCCACCCCCCUACAGUGAGAUUGUCCUGAAGCCUGCCCUGGAUCCAACCCCAACAGAGCCGCCCCCGCCCUACAGCCUCACGCCAGAAGACCACACCGAAAUGCCAGAGGGCAUCGACAACCCUGCCUUCUUAGUCACCUCGACCUCAUCCCUCCCAGAGCAAGCCAGAGACUUCUGCCACCUGGGAGUAUGGAAGAGCCUGACGAUGUGGCAGGUCCUCACCUUGCAGCAUUCCCUGUAG